AUGGAAGCCCUGCACAGCACAUUUCACGCCGCUGUAUCGGCGUGGCCCGGCCGCGGCGACGCUGCAUUCGCGCCGCUGUGGGGACGCCUGACCUGGCUGGCUCGCGUGCAGGUCGCGGCCGCGGCGAUGGCCGCCGCCUCCGCGCACCUGCUGCUGCUGCGCCGCCUGGCGCCCGGCGCCCGGCGGCUCGCCGCGGCGCUGCCGCUCAUCCCGCUGCACGCGGUGCUGCCGCUGCUGUUCGACCCGUCGUCAGAGGCCGUCUCCCUGUGCCUCAACCGCGGGCCGCUGGCCUCCGAGGGCCUCCCUUUCCUGAAUUUUGCGCUGGUGUACGCGCUGCCCAUCAUCCCCCGGGAGCGGCUGGCGGUCGGCAAGGCGGGGCGGCUCAGCGACAGCGCGGGGCCGCCCCCAAAAGUGGCGCUGCUGUUUGUGUUCCAGAUCGGGCUGCUUGUCUCCAUGGCUUGGCUGCUGACGCAGCCGCUGCCGCUGCUGCUGCGGGAGUGGGCUUUUGGCCUGUACGCCCUCCUCACCUGCGUCAUGGGCGGCGCUGUGGUUCUGCUGGGCCUGGUGGCAAUGGAGGUCGUGCCGCCCUUUGACAAGCCGUGGCUGGUGGGCUGCCGCCCAGCGGGCGAUGGGGCCGCGCAGCACGGGUCUGCGGCUUGCGCCGCGGCCAGCGAUGGGGGCCGGGGCCUGGGCGGCCGCGCGACCUCCCUGGCCGACUUCUGGGGCCGCCGCUGGAACAACACCGUCAGCCAGACCCUGCGUCCGCUCUUCUACGACCCGAUCGUGGAGGGCCGCCUCGUGCGCCCCCUGCCGCCCCCGAGCCGCCCCCCCUCCGACGACGGCUCAGGCCCCGCGGACGCCGUCGCCGUCGUGCGGCUCGCCGCCGCGGCGCCUGCGGCGGCGUCCGCGGCGGCGGCGCCGGGCCCGAGGCGGUCGAAGGCGGUGCGGUCGCUGGCGACGCUGUGCACGUUUGCCGCGAGCGGCCUUUUCCACGAGCUGAUGUUUUACUACUUUGCGUCGCCCUAUGUUUGGGGCAUCAUCAAGUUCUUCUUGGUGCAGGUGCUGCUGACCCAGGUCGAGCUGGAGAUCCUGCAGGUGCUCAAGGCAAAGGGCCAGCAGCCGCCGCGCCUGCUGCGCAUGGCGCUCGUCCAAGCCACGCUCCUGUUCACCGCCCACUUCUACUUCUUCCCCCCGAUCGAGGCCGGGGACAACACCAACCGCUUCGUCGCCGCCGUCGCCGGCAACGCCGCAGCGGCGGGGCGCGCGGCGGCGGCGGCCGUGGGGUUGGCGUGA